AUGCCCGUGGGCAGGGGAUCAGACGGAGAGAACGCCUGCCUCAGACACCCCUCACCUCCCACUGGCACCCUGAUGCAAGCAGCAUGCAAACCCACCCCUCCCAUGUGUCUAUCAGCUGUGGGGUUAAGCUCUGCACGCACCCCCUUCCUCUCCUCUCCUCCGUGGUCCUGCAUGGUAGAGUGCAUGUUACACCGGUGUGAAGGAAGUGCAUUUGGAAUCAAUGAUGAAUUUCACUGGGAAUCAAAGAACGAGAGGUGGAUGUGACAGUGAAUGUGGCUCGGCAGGGUUUCCUGUUGUUCAAGGCUAAGUGUGUCUGAUGUGAUAAAAGGAAUGUAUGAAAUAUAAAAAAUGUAACAGACUGUUAGUAAAUGAGCGAGAGUGAGAGCUGCAUGGGCUGAGACUGGGCUGUCUCCACAUUGGGAGAGUCCAGGAUUUGCUGUGCAGGGAGAAAAAUGGCAUUGAGUCACCUCUCUUCAAAACCCAAACACCUGCUCUCUAAAUCCAAUCACCUCCCUGUUAAAGCCAGUGCCCUGCCAGUGCUGUGGCUCGCCCAUUCACUCUCUCUGGGCUGCCCGCUCUCUUCCUGCUCCCGAUCUAUUGGAGCUGCGCUCUCCAUCCGUGACACAUGAGACUGUGAACUCUAAAGGGUUUGUUUCAGACCUAGAGCUUGAUUUACUCCAGGCUCCACUCCAGGAGAAAACAGGCUUCCAAAAAUCCCCUUUUUCCCCCUCGCCUGUCUUUGGCUGCUCCUUUAAUCUACUGUGCAACUUCUUUGAUGUAUCUUCCAUGUCCACUGUGUGUUUGGGGUCUGUUUAUUUCAGCAGUGUGAGCUGGGCUGAGCUGAUGUGCACGGUAGGUAAAAGGGUUAAUACUGUGGCUUUGUGUUAAAGGGAACUGGGAGGCUCCCAUUCCCUGUGUUGUACAGGUGGAACAGCCCAGAAGUUCUGCCUAAUGACUGCAUUAGGGCUAGCUGUGUGUACAGACACAGAGAGACUGGUUGGGAACGGGUCCCCGGGGCUUCUCAGCAGGCAUACAGGCUUCCAUCUGCAGAUUCAAGGCAAAAACAUCUAAGUGUUGCUCUGCUAGCUCUGCUUGUUUCUGUGUGAAUUGCACAGAAAGCUGAACUGACAAAAUAUUUAUGUUGUUUCAUAGCUAGGUACUUUCAAGUUACAGUACAUAUUGACUGAGAGGUUGUUCCAUUUGACCCAGUCACCAUACCUUGUAUUUUCUGUGACUGCCCAACAAUGGUGUAGUUAUACCGUACAGCUAUAUCCAGCUAUUGAUUUGAAUCCAUGCUGUUUGGAAUGAGGUCAGUAGGUCGUGGACCUAUUUAAUUAAUUAUGAACGGUAGAAUGGAAAAUGGAUAAGAAUCAGGGACAUGGACUAAUUUCAGACCUGCCAGUCAAUAACAGCCAUACCACAAUGGGUUUACCCUGGGGUCCUGCAGGGAUCCCUCUGGAGCCACAUGUACCAUUGUGUGUGUGGGUGUGUUGUCUGAUUAUGUACAUGUGAUUGUGUGUUAAACUUUUUUUUUUUAUCCCUGGAAACACAUUUGGGGCACCAUUUUUACCCAGUACAUACUAGAUGGCAACCUACAUACAGCAGAAUACAGCCACAGGGCAGCACAGAACAUGGAAACAGACACAUACAGACAUGUCACAUACAAACAUAUGAUCUUAAUCUGUUUUGUCACAGCAAAAUAAUCCUGCAGCAACAGGUUUAGUCCAUAAUAUUGCUUGAUCGGUGGUUAGUCUAUUAGCUGGCCAAAAGUAGGUUAUUGUGUUUUUUGCGGUGCAGGAAAAUUCUCGGCAACAAAAUAGUGAUCAAAUUAAGAUUCUACAUCUGUAUCAAUCACCACUAGACACACAGUCUUAAUCAUUGCUCAAUACUUAUAACAAUGAUUGCCCAAUGCAGUGAAAGGACUUCAUAGAACACACUAACUACAUCACUGCUCCUCACAUAUCAACCACUGGACUGCACAUACUGUAGCAUCCAUGGCACGGUGCAUAGCAACAGCUACAUAGCAACAGCUGUACUGUGCAUAGCAACAACUGCAAGUUAAAUAGCAUACAGAGCAGGAAGGUUUUCUGGGCGUUGCAGAUGCAAACACGGGGUUAUGAACAUAACUUUCUGCUGUCUACUCCUCACUCAAUUCUCUGAUUAGAAGUCACGGUAACCUCGUUGUUCAUUCUCAGUCAACAGUGAGGGGCUAUAUCUGCAGUUAAACUCCCUCAGUUGUCUUUUUCUGUUAACAUUUGAGACUCUCUGAACAUGGGUGUUUUUCUCUCCUCUCCCUGCAGAUAUGCGUUCCAUUCCUGAUGUGGCCAUGACGGGUAAUUGUACUCAGGAGUGCAGUGAGCUGGGUCACUCAGACACCUGCUGGAUGCCUGGGCAGCCCUCCCCGGUGCGCAAGACCAGGAAUCCCCCCAAACUUUCCACCUUUGUGCCUUACCAGGAGAGAGGGAGCCUGGGUCGCCUGGCCAACGGGAGCGCCAGGCUGGGUGGCGAGGAGCACCGAGCCCGCCUUCCGCCCUCCCGUAGUACCUAUUCCAACAGCGGGCAUGCCCCUAGGCAGGACUGCCCCCUGGAGGAGGUGCCACUGAGCGUGGCCUCUGAGUUCCUGCCCACCUCCCCUCCUAGCCACACCGCCAAACAAGAGAUCUAC